UACAGUGAACGCACCCCGGGAGUCACGUGAUCAGAACCGCAGAAAACAAUGCGGAAGUGUUGAUAAUCAUGUCGAUGUUUACAUUAAUAAAAGACAUUCCGUGCAGAUAUGAGUCGUGUCUUCAUUCCGCCCGUGUGUUUGCCCAUGUUGGCCUUCAUCGUGGCGCAGGUUCUGGGUGGGAAGAUGAAAAUCGUAGAGGAACCGAAUACAUUUGGGUUGAAUAAUCACUUGCUGGUGCAGGGCAGCCGUCUGCAGGCCCGGGUCGCCCCGUCGCCCGUCGCCGGACCUCGUCAUCUACAUCACCUGGCGGGAACCUGCUUCCACUUCACCGAGUCCACGUACAAGUACGACUUCUGUCCGUUUCAUAACGUCACGCAGCACGAGCAGAGCUACAGGUGGAACGCCUACAGCGGAAUACUGGGGAUCUGGCAGGAGUGGGAGAUCGAGAACAACACCUUCACAGCAAUGUGGAUGCGAGAAGGAGACGCCUGUGGGAAAAAGAAAAGGCAAACCAAGGUCCUCUUCACGUGUGGGAACAGCAGCAGGCUGGCCCGGGUGUCCGAACCCGAAACGUGCGUGUACUUCCUGAGCUUCGAGACGCCACUCGUUUGCCACGUGCACGCCCUCCUGGUGUAUCCUGCGUUGAGCGAAAAACUGCAGAAAGAAUGGGACGAGAUCGAACAGGCGCGAUACGAGGAGCUCAUCACCGAACAGGGCUACAAGAAGAUGCUGAGGGACGUGUUUGAGGAGGCGGGGUUUCUGAAACGAGCGACUCCGCCCCCAAAAAAGGAGCAACAGACAUCAAGCGACAAACACCUGAAUCUGGACCAGUGCACUAAGGAUUUCGAGAAGCAGCGAGCGGAAAUCGAGCGACUGCGAUCUUUACUCAGCCAUCACAACAUCUCCUACGAAGCAGACACAGGAAGACCGACUGUCCCGCUGGCCACCGUGCAGGACCAACACCUCCGGGGUGACACGGGGCUCCUGGGCAAUCCUUAGCACCCCCACGUUGAAAAACACACACACACACACACACACACACACACACUUUGCCCUAUUCCAAAUAAAAAAAACUACAACGAAAA